AGCAGGAUCACAUGUUCCUUGUUGGCAACGACAAACGGCGAUAAAAUGGCAUUUCAGAAAGACGAUGUACCUCUUUUUCCAAAGCAGCACAGAAAGAUUGAUCCAGGCUUCCUGCCAAACGAUGUGGUUCUUGUAAUUGAGGAUGAACAUCUUCAUGUUAACAAAGCUUUACUGGAAUCAGCUUCACCUAUUUUUGAGGCUUGGCUUAAGAAAGAGUGGCAAAAAGAAGAAUGCACUGACGACACGAAAAGGGAGCUGAAAUUCCCUGGGAAAACAUAUGAUGAUAUGGUCACAUUCCUAAAAUGUCUUCUUCCCAAUUUUGCUGACAAAGUUACAGAUGAAACACUCGAUACAGUGCUCCCAUUAGCAGAUGAGUAUCGGACAGAAAAAUUGAUCACAGAUUGUGUGAAAGUCAUCCGACAACGCGUGGAGUCUGUCUCCGAGGUGGAUAUAUACAUACCACCUUCUCGAAUUGUCACAUACCUACACUGGAUAGAAAAGUACAACUUGCAUACGGUGAAAGAAGUGGUUGUGAAAUUAGCUUCGUGCCUAAGCGGCGAAGUACUAGAAGCAGAACCAGGCUAUGAAAAUAUCGGGCUUACACAUCAGAAGGAGAUAUUUACAACAAGAGCAAAGCUACUUGCGAGUCUGUUUGUGAGCAAUGUAACUGAAGCCAAAGCGGUUAAAUUCCCGGCUACCACAAUCCACGAUGACUUUACUCCGUGAGAUAUCCGUCCCUAGACUAUAACCGAGCCACUUCCAAACCUAUUCCUCUCAAGCGUCGGCGAAGCGUUCCCCACGACGACGUCGACCGUCCGGACAAAAAAGAGUGAACCGGGACGGUGAAAAAGAAUUUUCCCCAUUGCCUCAUUGGAAAUCGUUGUUUGGGCAAACCAAGCCAUACGACCCACGCGACUGAGCUCGUGCAAUCGGUUCCUUACAGUUUUGGCGUGAAGUUGGCGAAUAUGAUUGCCUCCUUAACAUUAGCGGUUUCAGUGGUAGUACAUAUGCGAUUAUGCCGGUUAGACAAAUAGCACUGUCUCUGAAUUUCUGUCAGCCGUAUCAUGAUUGCAAGAGAUUCAAAUUGACAAUAAAUAGCGGAAAGCGAUGUGUAUACCUCAAGAGUAUCGAGUGGUAUGACAAGAUGUGUUCACGAGCUUGUCAUCAUUAUUCUGUACUUUUUUCAAAAUUAUUUUUUUGUAAUCUAUUUUGCAAUGUAGCACGGUAUAUUACACAGUUGAGUACUUUGGACACCGUUAUGAGUGCACAGUGACUAAGAUAUUUGUCUGACCUGUUUUUAUAAUUUUAGACCAAGCAGUGCAAUAACUGCAUAUUUUGUUACCCUGCGUUUCCGUACUGUAUAUAUAAACAUUGUAUUCAAGUCUGUGUGACAGGAAAAUGAUACAAAUCACCUUAAAAGUCACAAGCAGACCGAAUCUUGAGGCUUUUCGCUGCUAUAUUGUAUAUACAGUUCCUGAAAUAUUGCUGAUGUACAGUUCCCCAGGAGAAUGAGGGGGAGCGGUAUAGCAGCGAAAGGCCUCGCGAAUCGCCCUGCUUCUGAUUUUUAGAUUUACACAUACACAUUCACCACCACCACCACAAACACAUACACACAAACACACAUAUAUAUAGUCACAGAAAUAAUAAGGCGAUACUUCAGCCUAUUACGAAAGUGGUACCUGGAUUUUUGUUAAUGUAAUUUAUGUUGUAGUAUUGUUUAAUAAUGACUGUUCAUCACAUUGUUAUAUAUUGUGAUAUGUAAUUGCUCAUAUUUUGGUUUUGAAAAAGGGGCGGAUUGACUUGAAAAUUUGAUAAAUUCCUUUGUCCGCAGUGUCUUUAUUACUACCGUACCUAUUUAAGUACGAACAAUUGUUUGUUUUAAUCAAGGGUCCAUAUUGCAUUAUACUGUCGUUAUUACUUAUGAGACCUUCAUAUAUUUUUUACAAAGAAAAUCUUAUUCUCAAUGUCCAGAUAAAACAUGAGAUUUCAAUGUGAAGGGUAUCAAUACCAUGUUGAAUGUACAGCGAUAUCUUGGUUAUUUUAUGUUCAUUUUAUACUUCCUUUCUUUUC